AUGGAUACCACUUCGCAAGUAGCUAUUGAUUCGGAUGUGGUUUUGGACCCGGGAGAGAUUAUGAUUGCACACAUGUCGAUAAAGAAGCCACCAAAUGGUAUUGAUGAAUACACUGUCCUGGAAACGAAGCCUAUGGGGAAGCACGAGAUAAUCCUAUGGCCGUCCACUAUUUGCUCUGAUGGAAUGACCAACAUGUGUAUAGCCAAUCGAGGCCCUGAUCGUAUCGGCAUUAGAGCGGGUGAUAUCAUCGGAGUGGCUAGGAAUAUGUCCAAGCGCCCUACUGGUAUUGAUGAUGUGAAGCACGUAAUGGCGCAGCUGGAGCAAUUGGUUACAUACCCUGAUAUGCCUAUUCCUAUGGCCGAAACAGCGACACCAUUGGACACACCCAGACAUCAAACAGUGAAUAAUGUAUUCACAGUGCAACCAGUGGAUAUUUGUGAAGAUUUAUCAGCACCACAGCAAGCCGCUAUUAGAGCCAUUGUCCAAAGAAGAGAUGAGUGCUUUGCAAGUAAGCUCACUGAAGUGGGAGAAUUGAAGGUGGAGCCGUAUCGUAUGGUCUUGAAGGAAGGUGCGAUACCAAAGAAAGUAGCUCCAUAUACAUUGCCCAAGGAUGCAAACGAUUGGUUGAAGGGAUAUUUAUCUCAAUUGGAGGAGAUCGGCUUUAUUGAGAAAUGCAAUGGACCGUGGGCAGCAGGAGCAUUGCUCAUACCUUCUGAUGUGGAUAAAAGAGUGAGCAGAUCAAGAAUCAAGGUGAGGCCCUUGAAAAAGGAGCCAAGGCUACGGACUCAACGCCAUGGGCCAAGUCAUCCUGUAUGGAUCUUGACGAAGGAAGCUGAGAACGAUGAUGAGCAUCAACAUGAGGAGGGCAUUGAUUUCAACAACGAUGAUUGGUAUUCAUUGACAUAUGGAAAGGAGGUGCCAACCAAGCAAAGAUCUGAUGCGAAUGGGAACCGAGUGGACUACAAUUGUUCAGCGCCACCUUUGCAGGCAGGAGAAAAGGACCCCUAUAGGCUUGUAUUCAACUACAAGCCUAUCAAUGCAGCCACUGUGGAUUCGGGGUAUCCAAUACCCAAUAUACACGAGUUGUUCACACGUCUAGGAGGAGCCAACUACUUCACAAUUAUGGAUGCUAUGAAGGGAUUCUGGCAGUUGCCUCUUCAUGAAGACUCAAGAGAUUUAACGGGUUUUGUGGUCAAUUGUGGCGGCUACUCCCAAUGGAGAUGGACGAGAUUAUCCAUGGGAUUGAAGGGCAGCCCAGGAGCCUGGCAAAGUAUCAUGGACACGGUGUUCAAAGAGGCUAUUAAUGUGUACCUCAUGGUAUACAUUGACGACGUGGUGGUGUGUAGCAAGACCUUUUCGGAGCAUUUGAAGCAUCUGGAAGCAGUAUUUGACAUGGCGGGUGCUGUUAAUUUAUCCUUUUCAAGAAAGAAGUGCAAGUUUGGAUACUCCGAGUUGAAGAUACUUGGCUACAAGAUUGGACGAGAAGGCUUUGGAAUGUUGAAUACCAAAGUGGACAAGAUCAUCAAGUGGCCACCUCCAAAGGACAAAGACGAGCUAUCACGAUUCAUUGGUUCAAUCCAAUAUUACAGGAGAUUCAUCCCUCAUUUCUCUUCAUUAUUGGAACCUUUGAACAAGCUGCGAAGAAAAGGAGUUAGCUACACAUGGGAAGCUGAACAGCAAGAAUGUUUCGACGAGUGCAAGCGUUUAAUGUCAAGCGAUCCUAUACUGAAGCACCCGGACUUUGACAAGAAAUUUUACCUUUCUACCGAUGCUUCAGAUACCGGGAUAGGUGCUGUGCUUACCCAAAAGAGUGAAGAGGAGAGUUCCACUACGCAAGUAUACUUACCGAUAUACUUUGGGAGCCGCAGUCUCAGUCCUUCAGAGCGUCGCUAUUCCACGUAUGAAAGGGAGUUCCUCGCCAUCGUGUAUUUUGUCAACUUCUUCCGCUUGUAUUUAUUGGGGCAAGAGUUUGUUGUUGUUACCGAUCACAAAGCACUAUCUUUCUUGGCAACGCUGAAGGAAAACACAUCAGCAAGAGUAGCAAGAUGGAUGGUGACCUUAUCCAUGUUUGAUUUCGAGAUUCGCUAUUUGCCCGGAAGAUUGAAUGUUCUCGCUGACGCUAUGUCAAGGCUGCCAGUGGAUGUCAUGGAUCAUGUAUCAGCUGACGAUGUUAUCGUGGAUGAGUAUUUACCCAUCAAUGCAAUUGGAGAAGAGGAUAAGCACGAAGAUUCAAGCAUCAAGAGAAGAAGAGUGGAUAGCUAUUGGGGAGGAAUGGAUGAAGAGCUAUAUCGAGCACUAGCCUUAUACCUGUCAAGUCUCAAAUUCAAAGAGCAAGCCAAUCAGGAAGAACGACAGUAUAUUAGGCGCGUUAGCAGAGAGUAUACGUGGUUUCAAGGACUUCUAUAUCGCAAGGCUACAGCUACACAUCCUGCAAGGAGAGUAUUGACAAGCAGCGGUGUAUUGGAAGCCUUAAGGUUGAAUCAUGAUCACAUGUUGGCGGGCCAUACCGGUGUCAAGUCAACUUUCGAGAAGCUUAGUCGCAUGUAUUAUUGGCCAUGUAUGUACGAGGAUAUCAGGCGUUACGUGUUAUCAUGCCCUGUAUGCCAAAUGUUUGGUCCUCGGCCUAAGACACAGCGUGUACAUCCUUGGCCACCUGCAGAGUCCGGUCCCUUCUCACGUAUAAUGAUUGAUUACUUCUCAAUGCCUAUGUCGGCUCGAGGUAACAAUGCGGUGCUUAUUGGGAUUGACACUUUCACUGGUUGGAUCGAGGCAAAACCUAUGGCUAGCAAGACAGCGCUAGGAACGGCGUAUUUUAUUUAUGAGUGGGUUUGUCGACAUGGAGUGCCGCAAGAGAUUGUAUCAGACAACGGAAGCCAUUUUACUGCCUGGGAAUUGCAAGACCAAUUGAAUCGAUUAUAUGGGUUGACAAUCAAAACGGGGUCAUCAUGGCGACCACAAAGACAAGGACAAAUCGAGAGAGCUAUUCAGACGGUGCGAAAAGUAAUGGAGCGAUUACAUAUGACUUAUCAAGGAUCUUGGGAGAUGUGGCUAUCAGCAGCAGAAUUCGUUUGUCGAACCUCUAUAAACCGACGUCAUGGAUAUACACCAUUCUUUCUUGCUUAUGGGAGAGAACCUCGACUACCGGUGUGCGUACAAGACAUUUGGCAAGAGCAAGUCAGGGAUGGUGAUGGGUUGGAUGAAGCCUCGAUACGACGCACAAUUCCAGAGAAACUAGCCCAGCAUUGGAAUGAAGAUCUUGAUACCGGGGCUAUCAACAUGCUCAACAACUACGCUGGUACCAUUGGCCUUGAUUUUGGUGAAGUUUGCAGUGUGGCAAGCGUAUUCCAUCCAUCUGAUUCAACGUCCAAGAGCUCACAGCUUAUCAUCAAGAGAGGGUUUUUAUACGGCAACAACAUUCCCAACCGCAACUGGCUUUUGAACAGAAAAGCUGCCAAUGACAUCGAGGUUUUGGAAUGCAAGCUCAGUGUCGGUUCUACAAGAAAGGAUCUACAAUCUUACAUGGUGUAUAUCAAGGCACUGCGAGAUGAAGAAAUCGGCAAUCAACUUUUUGAUUUCUACUCGAGUACAUCAGUUCGCCGCAAGGAUUGGGAUACUGCUAUGAGCCAACGAUCGCGUCUCGACACUGCUUGUGGAUUGAUCAUGAAUCAGCAUAAAAAGACUGUUACCGAAGCAGAUGCCAGGAAGCCUGUACUAUUUGGAUUUGGAUUGGAUGGCAUGCGGCAGAAAGCAAGGAAAGGUGCAAUGGCAUCCAAAGACAACAAGUUGGCAAACCGUUUGCAUGCACGCAUACUUCAAGGAGGUUUUCAUCAUUGCACGCGUGUCUGCGAGUAUAAUACGACAAAAAUGUGCUGCCAUUGUGUAAAGAGUGGGAAUCCUUCUGUUACUCGAUAUUUGCAACGUCCUAGCCCAAUCGGCCAACAAACAUCAUUCAGAGUCCUUUAUUGUUCACGCUGCCGUCGUGUCACGCACCGCGAUGGCAAUGCUGGUGAUAAUCAAGCUACCAUUUUACGAACCAUGCUUGCAACACAAAAGCGACCAGCAUGUUUUAUACCACCAUCUCGCCGACUCAUUUGA